AUGGAGGGCGUGUUUUGGCUGUGCUACCACGUCGUGCAGACACGAUCGCGUGCGGAUGUGCCACCCUGCUACGUGCGUCCGUAUCGCUGUGCGUUCGCGGACCAGUACUGCACUUUCUACAAGUCGGCGGAAAGCGCACGCAUGUGCAUGCACAUAAGCAAGCGCACAAUCGGACUGCUUGCACGUAGAGAAAAGGCGAGCACCAGACACUGGAGAUGCGCCAUGCGCUAG